CCGCGACACGAGGGAAUGAACGCUCCGGAGGCUGCGACGUGGCUUCGUCUCGCCCUGUGCGCGCGCAGGACCAUCUCGCGGAUGUCUGUGGCGGUGUGGCCUCGCUCGUCUCCUGUCCUACCACAAGUAGCAACGGGUCGGCUGCAGCACCGACACGUAGGAGCGCCGCUGAACGUCUGCGACUGCGAGAGGCCGAGAGCCAUAGGCCCCGAGCGCGCCCGUCCACCACACAGCACGCACUUCGCGCCACAGCGGACGCUCUUCUCGCGAGCGCGCACCGAUCGAUCGAGACUCGAGAGACGCCGGAGGAGGGGAGGGAUGAUGUGGCUCCCGUUCCUGUACCCGGCGCCGGCGUCGGCGUACGUGGCGGCGAUGUCGGCGGUGUCGUUCGUGUCCAUGGCGAACGCGGGCCUCGCCGAGCUCCGCGGCGACCACAUGCCCUACUCCAAGUUCUGGCACGCCGUGGCGGGUGCCGCCGGCGGGGACGCCAGGCAGCGGGGCGGGAUGCCGCUCCUGCGAAGCCGGGACGGCAUGCUGCUGGCCUACGCCCCGGCGCUGCUCGCCGCCGCCGCGUCCUUCGCGGUGCCGGGCGCCGUCGAGGGCGCGCGCGCCGAGCUGCUCAGCGCCGCGCUCGCCGCGCACUUCCUCAAGCGGGUCCUCGAGGUGCUGUGCGUGCACCGGUACAGCGGGAGCAUGCCGCUGGGCACGGCGGCCACCAUCUCCUGCAGCUACCUGGUCAGCACGGCCACCAUGGUCUACGCGCAGCACCUCAGCCGCGGCCUCCCGGACCCCGCCGUGGACCUGCUCUGUCCCGGCGUGCUCGUCUUCGCCGUCGGCCUCGCCGGCAACCUCUACCACCACCGCCUCCUCUCGGGGCUGAGGGCCGACGACGGCACAGGGUACAAGGUCCCCAGGGGCGGCCUGUUCGGCCUCGUCGCCUGCCCGCACUACCUCUUCGAGAUCCUCGCCUUCUUCGGCUUCGCCAUGAUCUCGCAGACGCUGUACGCGCUCGCCGUUGCCACCGGAACGGCGGCCUACCUCGCCGGCCGGAGCUGCGCCACCAGGAGGUGGUACCGGUCCAAGUUCCAGGACUUCCCGCCGAGGAUCAAAGCGUUGAUUCCGUACGUGCUGUAGUGAGCUAGCUAGGAGAGUGAUGAGUCGCAUGUACAAGACAGUAAGACACUGUUCAUUUGGUACGUACAGAGCAUCAUCUGUUGCAGCUGAACGUAAACUUCAUGGGAAACAAAUUGUUAUCUCCCUUGCAACAUACUUAGGCCUAGUUUGGAUAAUCUAGUAAUGAAAGGGAUUGAAGUGGAUUGAGAUGUAUUAUACGAGUUUUUGAUCUAUUGAAGAUUUAUACACUCUCCAA